GAUUUCAGAAAUUUGUGACAGAUUGUCAGUAUUUAAAAAGACCACAUCAUGCGUGAGUACAAGCUAGUGGUCCUUGGUUCAGGAGGCGUGGGGAAGUCUGCUCUGACAGUUCAAUUUGUUCAGGGAAUUUUUGUUGAAAAAUAUGACCCAACGAUAGAAGAUUCCUACAGAAAGCAAGUUGAAGUAGACUGCCAACAGUGUAUGCUCGAAAUCCUGGAUACAGCAGGAACAGAGCAGUUUACAGCGAUGAGAGAUUUGUAUAUGAAGAAUGGCCAAGGGUUUGCACUAGUAUAUUCUAUUACAGCUCAGUCCACAUUUAAUGACUUACAAGACCUGAGGGAACAGAUUUUACGGGUUAAGGACACAGAAGAUGUUCCAAUGAUUUUGGUUGGUAAUAAAUGUGACCUGGAAGAUGAGCGAGUAGUUGGCAAAGAACAGGGUCAGAAUUUAGCAAGACAGUGGUGUAACUGUGCCUUUUUAGAAUCUUCUGCAAAGUCGAAGAUCAACGUUAAUGAGAUAUUUUAUGACCUGGUCAGACAGAUAAAUAGAAAAACACCAGUGGAAAAGAAGAAGCCUAAAAAGAAAUCAUGUCUGCUGCUUUAGACCCACAAUAAGCAGCAGCUCUGAGCCAGAUUACAGGAAUGAAGAACUGUUGCCUAAUUGGAAAGUGCCAGCAUUCCAGACUUCAAAAAAUAAAUCUGAAGAGGCUUCUCCUGUUUUAUAUAUUAUGUGAAGAAUUUAGAUCUUAUAUUGGUUUGCACAAGUUCCCUGGAGAAAAGAAUUGCUCUGUGUAUAUCUCUUGGAAAAUAAGACAAUAGUAUUUCUCCUUUGCAAUAGCAGUUAUAACAGAUGUGAAAAUAAAUAUACUUGACUCUAAUAUGAUUAUACAAAAGAGCAUGGAUGCAUUUCAAAUGUUAGAUAUUGCUACUAUAAUCAAAUGAUUUCAUAUUGACCUUUUUAUCAUGUUUCCUCCCUGUCAAGCACUAAAAAGUUGAACCAUUAUACUUUAUAUCUGUAAUGAUAUAGAUUAUGAAAAUUUCCCCUCAGACUCAUUGCAGCAGAUAACUUUUUUGAGUCAUUGACUUCAUUUUAUAUUUAAAAAAUUAUGAAAUAUCAUUCUGUCAUUAUAUUCUAAUUAAAAUUGUUUGUGCAUAAUGCUUUGGAAAAAUGGGUCUUUUAUAGAGAAAAAAACUGGGAUAACUGAUUUCUAUGGCUUUCAAAGCUAAAAUAUAUAAUAUACUAAACCACCUCUAAUAUUGCUUCUUGUGUUUUACUGUCAGAUUAAAUUACAGCUUUUAUGGAUGAUUAAAUUUUAGUACAUUUUCAUUUGGUUUGUGUGUUUUUGUUAUUGUUUAUAGAUUUAAGGCCUUUAUUUUAUAAUGAUCACAUUGUUUUAAAUGCAGCAGUAGCUCCUUCCUGGCUGGUACCUGCAGAACACUUGGCUUUAAACCCCUAAGUAAAUGGUGAUUUCUCUACAAACAGACCUCGCACUUUCUGUUCUAUAUAUAUUUAUUCCUAUUAUACAGUAAAAUACAUCAGACUACAUACAAUAGUUUUGUAUAUUCUCUCUUGAUCUUAAAGAUUGUAUCUUAUUGAAUAAAAUAUCCCACUGUGUAUUAUUUUUAUAUGUAAAAAGAUAAGUUUAAUACUGUAUCAGGGUUUAACUUUUACUACUUCAGAUCUUCCACAGGUUGUAAUUUCAAGGGAAUCAUUUUGCCAUUGUUAAUUUGUUGAGUAUAAGUCCACCAAUGAAAUGUUAUGUAAAUAUUUUCAAGUUUGCUUUAUAAUAGAUCGAAGAAUCUAAGAGAAGUGGGUAAAAGUGAAAAAGCAUAUAAAGGAUGUGUCAGUUGCUUUUUCUUCAACUGUAUAUGAAGUAGUAUAGUGGUUGGUAGUCAUAUGGAAAAGAUUGCUAAGUUAAAUUUUUAGCUGGCUAUAUAGUGGUGCUUUUCCUUUCCUUCCCAGUUUUUUUUUCUGUUUUUUACAAAAAGUGGGGCUUAAGUAGGACAUGGACCUAGGGUGAUAUGACUUAUGUACACCAUAGAGGUAGAGCAAAACAGCUUGUUAGCCACUUAAGUGCUAGAGAAGGAAAUAAACAAGCUUAGGAAACCCUGUGCCUUGUCCCUGAAUGUUGAGGAGGAAACCAGUCCUAGAAAGUCUAAAUCAUUGCUCAGGGAUCUAGAUGCUGUCUCGUGGCAACUAGGUGUGAAGUAGUGUUCAUGCCUUGUUGAGACUUCCUAGGAGUGUGGUCAGCCCCAUCAGUUACUUAGUUGAAAUUUAAAGAUCAGAUUUCAAAUGUAAUCUCUGACCAACCUGAGAAAAUGUUAAAAUAUUGUAAACAGAAAAUUUGGAAAUUGUAUUCUUUUAAGUUUCUAAUAAACUUAGUUACCUAAUACUUACCUUCUACUGAUUCAGUUAUACAUAUGUCUGGGACUGAGGGGCCAAAAAUCUCAUAAAUGCAAUAAAUUAAAAAAAAAAAUAAGUGAAGCAUUAGGGCCAGUCUGUCCAGGUCAGUGUAGCAUAUUUUAAGGUCCUCUAAAGUCAUUCUGCUUUGAAAGUCACCUCUCAAACAUUCCUUUGGACUUAAAAUCAUAGAUAAACAUCUCAUAAGCGAGCAAACAUUUCUAAAUAUUACCUGUUACAUAGAUUGUGUCGUUAUUUGCCAGAUUAAGUAGGAAAUAUUUUAAGUAAGAAUAACUCCCAAGUUAAAGUCUGCUUGACUAGGAGCAUAACUCGAUGUCCUCUGUUUUAGGACAUGGUAGGAAAAGACGACAGGUACUGGAUUUCUUUGUUACAUCUUACACAGUCUACUUGGGAUAAAGGUAGAACUGUGAAGAAAAAUGCCCUUGUGGCACACAGUGUGCAGAGCAGGACCAGCUGAAUUCAGAGACAUGCAUUGUUAUCUCAAAGAAGUCUGCCAUUGCUGAGCAAGAUGGAAAGGUAUCCUGUCAGAAAGUGAGAUAGGUGUGCUUUUAUAUUGUCCCUAUGUGAAGUCCUUAGUCUUGGUUCCAGAGGGGAGGGUGCCUGAAAAUACGAUAUAUUUUUAUAGCAGAAAAAUCAAAAAGUCCUCAAGGAUAUUAUAUGAAUCUCAUAUGGUGAAUAUUCAAGAACUGACACCAUAUCAGUAUUUAUGGCUAUUUAAAAUGUAUUAACUUUGGUUAUAUGAGUAAUAUCUAAUUUAAAGGAGGCUUGAUGUCACAGUCGGUAGUUUGCAUUUUUCCACUAGAAUACGAACAACUUUAAUGGCUUCAUAGUGUCCCCAAACAAUCUUAGUUUUAGAAACUAAGUUAAUACAUAAUCUAUAAUUUUACCCUCCACCAGGGGGAGCUUCAGUAUCAGUUAACACUUCUACCUUUGAAUUAAAAGUAGAUAUUCAAGCCAUCUAUUCUAUAAAUACUGUGUGCCUCACAAAGAGGUGUGAAGGCCCUCCCUCAAGAGUUUGCAAUUUAAUUGGGCAGAGAAGAUAUAAGAAAUUCGCCAGAGAUAUGUAUAGCAUUGUAAUUCAUUGAACUGUGGCCACAGGGCAAAUUCUCUUAGGAAUGUUUAGAGAGAGAUGGAUAUUGGUGUGUUUUUCUCUUCCCCUACAACUUUGAACGAACCUGUAUUUGGCAGCUUGGUUUGCCAUCAUAGCUGGCUGCCUUUUACUCCUUGGUGAAACCGUGUGCGUCUUUGGAGUUAGAAUGUACUUGGAAAAAGUCAAUCCUUGGGAAGAUACUGAUCUUUAUUACCAACUUUAUGAACAUAGGUUACUUGGUCUGAGGCUGUUUUUCUCCACAUAUGAACAUUCUGCAUUUUCUGGACCUGCCCAGUUUCAAAUAGUUUGCCUCAUUAUCCUCAUAGGUACACAUAUAUUUGUCAGUUCACGUAUCCGAUUUUUGUUUUCAGGACUGAGGGACAGAAAGAUACAAAGAUUACCUCAGUAUUUUCCUUUGUAAGCAAUCAUAGUAGAAUGUUAGAGGGCGUAAAAUACACUCAUAAAUAUGUGUGUAGUGAAACCAAAGUGUGAAGAAAUUGUCAGGUAUUCGGAGGAGGAAAAUAACUUGUAAAAUAACCUUUUGUUUGUUUGGGUCUUGUACUUAUUUAAGGUGCUACUUAAAUGUGUGUUAAAAUAGCCCCUCUUGACUCAGCUCCAAACUUAAAAGGGCAGAGUGGUUUGGGUGCUUGUCCGGGAUCUGGAAGGAGCCCAUCUUGCCGGGGAGGAAAUGAAUGUGAGCUUUGAGGCAGUCUAACCACCCAGCUUUUAGCAUUUCUAUUCCCCAAAAAUGUAAAAACAUGCAAGUUAUUCUUGAAAAUGUAGCAUAGACAUUGCAUUGAACAUGGAUUUUUCUUACUAUAACUUCAUCUUGGGUUUGUUGAAUGUGUUGAAUGUGUAGUGCACUUAUUUAAUGCCAUACCUUGCUUAAAUAUUCUUGUUGAGAACAGCUGGAGACUUUGAACUGGGUGCCUAGUUCUGUUUUCUGGGAGGCAACAUGGAUUGUGUUUUGCAGACAUCAACAAGAGCUUUAAAAGUGAAUUGGGGAUGCAAGUUCUUUGGCUUGUUAAGAAGCUUCCUGUGGUUCUGGGCCCAAGGUGUGACAUACAUUUCCUGCUAAUCGCUUCUCUUAAGAAGCAUGGGCUUGGCUGUUCGUUUGGAGGAAAAACCUUAAUAAACCUUCCCAUUUUAAGCA